AUGGCAAAAUUAAAAAAAGCCAAAUCAUCUAAAAAGUUAUCAUUUAGUGAUGUAGGUUUGGAACCUAAGCCAAUAUUUGAAUUGGACAAUUUAAAUUAUAAUCAGAAAAGAGAGAAAAACAAAAAGAAUUUAGCAGAUUUUGAUAAUAAUGAAGAUGAAACAUCUGAGAAAGAGGUCAAAUUAAUGACUAAAUCCGAAUUAAAAAAGAUUGAAAAGAAAAGGAAGUCAUUAAAUAAAAACAAAAAUAAGUUAGGACAGCAACCAAUACCUACAGAGAAUGAUGAAUUCAAAAUUAUAAAUAAAUUUCCUGUAGAUAUUCCUACAAAAAUUGAUUCUAAUAAUAGUUACAAAGGAUUGAAAAAUUCAUUCAAGAUUGUAAAUGAAGAUAAAGAAAUUAAAUCUAACAGUUAUUUGAGUUUCGAGGAUUCAUUUAAAAGUAUUAGUGAGUUUAAUAAUAGUUCAUUUAACACUGAUUCAAAUGAAGGCAGUUCUUUAGAUCAUGAAGAAUUCUCAGAUAAAGUUGAGGCUAAUCAUACAGAAAUAGAAGAUAAUGACACAUAUGAAAAUUUUUUUAAUGAAAUAUUGGAUGAUAAGGUAAAAAAAGAAGAAAUGUUGUCAGCUUCAAAGAAAACUAAUCAUUUGAAUCAAGCUGAAAAGGAAAUACAGGAAAAUGAUCAGAAAUUUUCUCAAGAUAUAACUGAAAUGUUAAAAAAUGACGUACAAGAUUACAAUGGAGAUACUAUCAAAAUAACUAACUCUUCAUUAGAUGAUAUGAAUUUAUCCACAAAAAAGGAAGAUAGUCAGGAUUCUAUUCAAAUAGUAAGUCAAUCAGAGACUACCUCACCAAAAAAGUUUUCCAAGAGAAAAAUGCUUUAUUCAUUUGCAAAUUCUGUUUGGGAUUAUGUGAAACCUGUAAGUUUAGAUGAUUUGGAAAAAAAACAAAAUGAAUCAAAGAAAACAGAAAUUCAAACUAAUCAUCAUGAAAUUCAACAAGAUGAAAAUCUGCAAAAUCAUAUAGAACAUAACAAUAGUACUCAUGAAAUAAUUAAUUCAACAACAGAAUUUAAUGAGAAUACUAAUGAAAAUAAAAUACACAAUAGUGAUGAACAUAACGAGAAAGUGGAAUUAGAUCAAGUAGAAAUCAUUAAAAGAAGUAAAUCUCAAGAAAUAAUCAGUCAUUUAAAUGAUUAUAAUCAAAUAAAUAAUCAAGGAAUUCCUAGUAAUUGCAUUCCGAAAAUAAGUAAUUCCCAUAAUAGUUCUUUGGUUAGUACUCCUAAAAGGAAAUCCAAAAGACAGAUGAUUUAUAGUUUUGCAAACUCUAUUUGGGAUUAUGUAAAACCUGUAAGUUUAGAUGAAUUGGAAGAGAGAAAAAAAACAAACGAGUUUAAUAUAAACUCUACUCAAUCAGCAGCUGAAUUAAAAAAUGAUAGUUUUUUUAAUGAUGAAGUUUCGGAUUCUGAAUUUUAUAUCAAAGAUAGUGAAGAAGAGGAAGAUAAUGGGGAAGAAAAGAAGGAAAUUGUUCAGGAGACAAUUAAUGAAUACGGUAACUUGGAAGAAGAACAAAAACAAACAGAAAAGGAAGAAAUAGGGAAUAUCAAUCAAUUUCCUAUUGAUAUUCAUCAAGAAGAAACAAAAGAAAUUUGUCAAGAACAAAUACCUAUUCCUUUGGAGACUAUAGUAAAGCAAGAGGAACCAAAAGAAAUAAUAGAGAAAGUGGAAGAAGAGAAAGAAGGAAAAAUAUUAGAGAAAGAAGAAGAAGAGAAAACAACAAAAAUAGAAGAAAAAGUACAGAAAGAACCAAGUUUACAAAAAGAGAAAAGUGAAGAAAAAAAGCAAGAUCAAACAAAUGUAUCGGAACCUCCAGAAGAUCCAGUGGGAAAGAAUCAAAUUCCAGAAUCAAUAGUACUUGUAGAUGAAACUUGUCAUACAACUCAAGUGGUAAAGGAAAAUGAUGAUAUUCCAAUUCCUUUAAUAGAAGAUAGAAAAAACGAGAGAAAUGAAGAGAACAAGCAGGCUCAAAUCAACAUAAUAAACCCUGAAAUAGAAACAGAUCCAAUAAAUUCAAAAUUACAAAUAGAUCCAGUGGAAAAAGAACAAACAAAAGAAAACAAAGAAGAUAAGCAAAACCAUCUAAAUAUAGUCAAUGAUUCUAAUUUUAAAAACCAAGGAGUAAAUCUUGACCAGACUAAUGUAGAUUCAAACCAUUUAGAGAAGAUACUCCAAGAUAUAGCAGCAGAUUCAAAUACUGUCAUGCAUGAAUUAAGUCAAAUCAGUAUAGGAAAAAAUGAAAAUAAAAAUCUAAUACAAAUUCCAGAUCUUUCUGAGAUUUCUUCAAUUCAAGAAAUGAUAGAUUCUAAUGGUCUUGUUAUUUCUCAAAACAAAGAAGAAAAAUAUAUAGAAAAUAAAACUUUUGAUUCUGAACACGAAAACCAAUCUUCUAUCAAAAAUCCUCUAACUGAUAAUGUAAUACAUCCAACCAUUCAGGAUAAAGAAGUCCAUUUUUCUCACCAAAAUCAUUUUGAUUCCGCUCAAAGAAUGGUUGAAAGAAUGGAAGAUGAAAUUUUGAAUACUAAUUUAGAUAUUGAUGAGUAUGAUGAAUUAUUCAAUAAUUUAAAUAUUCAUGGAAAUUUUAAAGGUGACGAAUACAACAUGAGUAAUUUGGAUACAAAUCUCUUAUCAUUCUCUGCUAAAAAUCAAAAUGAGGAAAGAAAUAAUCCAGAAAUUAAACAACUCCAAGAUCUACACAAGGCACAUCAACACUUAUACCAACAAGUUAGUAUCCAAGAAAUAGAUGAUUCCAUAUUUAUGAGUAUAUCUUCUGAUCAGUUCCUAUUUGAAAAUACUAUGCUUAUUUCAGAAAAACAAGUAAGUGAUCAUCAGGGUUUGGGAUAUUCCUUCAGAGCAUUGAAAUGCUGUUCAGAACCCAGAAAUUCAAAUGAAUGUUCUGAUCUAGAAUUUAAAGUUGCAAAAACUCAUCAUCAUAAAGUUAAUAAAAGUAAACUUUUCAAUAAGCUUUACAGGCUUGAAAACAAAGUUCAUAGAAAAGUUUUAGAAAUUUCUAAAAGAGUUAAUCUACUUAACCAGGAAAGAGAAGAGAAAAAGUCAAAUAUAGCAAUAAAUAAGAAUGUAACCUUGAUAAAUAUUGAAUCUGAACCAGGAUUUAUUUUUAUAAAAGAGAAACUUAUUAAUAAAGAAAAAGAGCUGGUAGUUAAAGAAGAAAUAUUACCAUCCGAGAAAAACAAUAAUAGUAAAACAUUACUGGAUACUUCAGUAAACACUGAUACAAUUCAAAAAACAAAUUAUUACCAAGAAAAAGGAAUUAACACCAAUUUAGAUGGAGUUGAAGAAACACAAUCCAAAUCCCUUGAUAUUAAAAAAACAGAUAAUUUUGAGGAAAAAGAUAAAAAAGUUGACUCUAUUUUUAGAAAUGAAAUAUACAAGAUUUUAGAUAAUACUAAAUUGGUCAAGAAAGCCCAAAGAUUGAAAUCUGGAUAUGCUAAUACAGAUCAAGAUGAUAAAGAAGCUAAUAAUAACAUCAAAAACAUUAGUAAUUCUAAUUUGAGGUACAAUAGAGAGAGAUAUGCAAAACCAGGCAAUAAUAGGUAUGAUGUAAUUACUCAAAGUAGUAGAUAUAUAAAAGAUUAUCCAGAAAGUUCUUCUGAUGAUUCAGUUCAAGAAUUUAGUCCUAAGACCAAAGUCGUAAACAAAAUCUUCCCUAAAUCAAAUGAAACUUUCCAAGGAAAGAACAUCAAAAAAGAUGGUAGAAAUAGUCAAAUAUUAAUGGGAAAUAUUCAAAACAGUCACGUUUCUCCUAGGAGUUUAAGUCCUACAAAUAAUAAUAACUAUUAUAGUUAUUAUUUGAGAAAUAACUCUCCAUCACCCAAUAUUCCAAAUACUCAAGCUUUUAAUAGUAAUAAUAAUGUUAAUAGUAGUAGUUACUAUUAUAAUGGUGGGAAUACUCAAAUUAGAUAUCCUGAGUAUAAAAUUCAACCAAAUAGAUAUCUAGAUGAAUUAGGUGGAAGUAAUUACCAUGUUAACUACUACUGUGGAAGAUCUGGAGGAUUUGAAGAAGUUAGAAGAUAUAUUUAUGUUGAUGGCUUCACUAAUAAAAAUCAAGGCUCUUACUACUUUUGUCCCCCAGGCCAAGCCAGAAGUUAA